CCAACCACGACCUUACAUAAACAUAAUCUAUGGAUGGGCCAUAAGAUGUCAAUACAGUACGGAAACGAAAGGAGGUCGUAUAAAUGGAUGAUGUAUAUGUAACAUUCGGCUACAUUCCAUCUAUUCUUUACACAGUCUUCCACUCUUUAUCGAAAAGUGAUGGUAAAUUUUGACAAAGCUUGUAGAGCGUUUGCUGCUGCAGUAUUGGAAUACGAUACAAAUAAAAUUGUUCACAUAAAAAGCAAGAAAGUUGGUUUAGUUAAUCGUAUCAUUCAAUUAGCCAUCAUUGCAUAUGUGAUUGGCUAUGUAAUUAUAUACAAAAAAGGCUACCAAUUAUCUGAAAUUGGCCUGAGCUCAGUGACAACCAAGCUAAAGGGAACUGCCUUGACUAAUUUGUCCAUUCAGUUUCCUAUCAAUGAAAGUUUGGCUCAAAAUCUUUUUAAUGGACCAAGAAUAUGGGAUUCUGCUGAUUAUGUUAUUCCACCAGAAGAAAAUGACGCCGUUUUUGUGAUGACGAACAUGAUAAUCACACCUCGACAAAAGCAAGACAAAUGUCCAGAGGAUAGUCACUACAGUGAUGCGAGGUGUUACAAUGAUUCAGACUGUAUUGCAAUGAAAGAGGUUUACAUAGGACAUGGUAAGGUUUCGUGUUAUGACAGGCAAAUGUGUAAACCAGACAGACCUUCUGCAAACCACACAGAAAAACCGAAUGUUUGUCAGAUUUAUGCAUGGUGUCCUGUGGAAUAUGAUGAACUACCCAUGCCUGGAACAAACUUUGGACAUCCUUUACUCAAAAAUGAGAGUCUUCUAAAGGAAGCCAUAAACUUCACCAUUCUCAUAAAGAACACUGUACAAUUUCCUACAUUUGGAAAAUCAGUGCGAAACAUCAACGACAAGCAAAACAAAACGUAUUUGAAGCGAUGCAAGUACAAGUCGUCAGGAAUCGAUCGAUGGUGUCCCAUUUUUCUUUUGCGAACAAUUUUCAACGAAAUUAGUGACAUCGCUUUUGAAGACGCUUCAAUCAAGGGUGGAAUCGUUGCAAUCAAAAUAAAAUGGGAUUGUAAUUUGGAUCAUGAUGUCCAUGAGUGUCUACCGGAAUACUCAUUUGGCAGGGUUGAUAAUGCAGAUGCGAAAAUUGCCAAAGGCUAUAACUUCAGAUUUGCAUCAUAUGAUGUGGAAAAUAAUACACGAUACAGAACGUUGAUAAAAGCAUACGGCAUUCGAUUUGUUAUAUUAGUCGAUGCGAAGGCUGGAAAGUUCAGUAUAAUUCCAUUAUUACGUAAUCUGGGCGCCGGAUUGGCCUUACUUAGUGUGGCAACUAUAUUGUGUGACAUCUUUGUACUGUACCUGUUAAAAAAGAAGUAUUUUUAUCGGACGAAAAAAUAUCAAUACGUGGAUGAUCCUGACGCCAGCAGUAGCAACGACAAGGCAAGUUUACCUAUGCAAAAUACCCAAAGAUCUCCUAAGAAUAGAGAUAACUAUGAAGCCUUCAGUGAAGAAAGUUAAAUGACGAUUAAUUGCACAUAGAUGCAUAAGAAGACUUUUUUAAUUCAAAGGAUUUUUUCUUGUUUUUGUCGAACAUUUUUUGCAUCUCGGAGAAUUGAAUUAUCCAGCAAAAUGGAUGGUCGUGAUAUUUUAUCACAUUAUUGACGUUUAUUGAUCGUUUUCACCAACUGCGUCGUAUUCCAUUUGAUAUCUAUCUUGAAAAAUUUAAACAUAAUUUGGCAGCAAUUCUCGAUCGUCUACUUUUGUUUGGCUUUAUCGUUGCUAUUCAAAGUCAGCAACUUGUUCAAAAAUAAGUGUCGAUGUUUUUUGUGUUUUUCCUGCCUCGUCAUAUUUAUAAUUGUGAAGUUUAGUGCUGAAACUGACUUGUUCAAAACAAUCUUGCAUUCAAUUAUUCAAAAUUUUAUUGUGUUUUUAGACUCAAGCGUAACUUCAGAAUAGUGAUAGUAUUAUUCACGUGCUUGCCUUACUCACGUGUAUAUAUUGUGUAGAAAUAAUGUAGUCUUCUUUGAAAAAAACUGAAAAGCCUAAUGUUUUUAGUGGAACAGAAGUUCAGUAUCUAUCGUAUCAGUAUUACUCCAUUUAGAAAACCUAAAUCAGCAAUGUUUCUUUGUAAAUGAAAAGAUAAUAGAAUGAAGAGUUGAAAUAUAUUCUAUUCUUAUCGCA